GGAGCAUGCAAGAUAGCUAUAUUUGGCCUAGUAUCUUGUAACAGUGUUUUAUAGCCUUUAUUUGGACUGUGCCAGGGCUGUGUUAUUGUUUAGUGGAGAGUUUUCAAAUACGCUAGUUGACAAACGCUGGAUAGAUUGUCAUGUGGAAAUAAGUGUACUGAAAAAUGGAUUAUAGGGCAUUUUGAAUGAGUGAAAAUUUAAACGUUCAAUAUUUCUAGGAAAACUUAUGCAGGGAGAAAAGCUAGACAAACUUGGAAAACCCUUUAGCAUGAUUUUAUAUAAAUUAUAUGUUAAACAAGAGUAAAUAUUGCCAACUGUAUACCACAAAGGUUUUGCACCGAAAGGAAAUCAAAUGAAUUAUGCUUGGAAAAGAAAGUAUAAAUUUAAAUUGUGACAUAUUGUUCUCUGUGAAGACUGUUAAAAGUGAAAGACAGUAACUGGCAGAUGUUCUGCUUAGUACCUUUGUGAUAAAAUUAUGUGAAUAAAAUGUGUGACAUUAUUUUUGGUGAGAGCUUUGAUGAAAAUGAUAAAAAAUUAAAAUGAAAAAAGCUCCUUAAAUUUGAAUAUGUGCAACCUAAAACUUCUUAUGAAAUGAAGGAUAUUAGUUGUGAAUAGUUUUCACUUCUCACCAUCGGGGUGGACAUUGAAUGACAUGAAAAGGGAGGCCUAUUUGUACAGUUGAGGAUGAUAAACUGAGAAUUGUGCAAGUCAAUCGGAAAACUAUGACAUGUGCAGUUUCUUGAAGUUGUUGGUACCUAAAAGCAGGAGACGCUCUUCAAUUAACUUAGAAAAAGAAGAAAAGGCUAUAGCUGCUAUCAAGAAAGAGCCAAUACAAGUUGACCAGUUUCUACAAAAGUUGAGGCAGAAGAAGCUUGACAAAUAUCUCAACUUUGAAGUUAGGGCUAUAGUGCGCAACCAAGAAGAUUAUUCCUGUUUGAUAGCUACCCAACCAGAUAAUGCCAGAAGAAAUAUAUGCCAGGAUGUUAUAUCAUAUGAUCAUUCAUUAGUUACAUUGAAGAAGAUUCCACCAAGAGAUGAUAGUACUUACAUUAAUGCCAGUUAUAUAGAGGGUUAUAACAACCAAAUAGAAUAUAUUGCUACUCAGGGACCUAGAGGCAAACAGGUUGCAGCCUUCUGGCAUAUGGUUUGGCAAGAAAAUGUUCAUGUUGUUGUUAUGGCAACAGGACUUUUUGAAAAUGCUGCACAACAAUGUGAUAAAUACUGGGGUGACAUACUGAGUGUUCAGAAAUAUGUGCGACACGGAGAUAUACAUAUAUACCUUAAAGACAAACUAGAGCUUUCAAAACUUACCGUACGAACAUUCCAAAUUUGUGAAGAUGGUUGUGAUGAACCUCGGACAUUGAAGCAUUUUGAGAUGACAGGAUUUUCUGAUGAUUCUACUGACCCUGGGUUUUUAUUGGAUGUUUGGAGACGUGUGAACCGUACUAUGCUCACAGUUCCAGGACCUAUGCUAGUACAUUGCAGAUGUGGGGGAGGCAGAACUGCUUCAUUUAUUGCUGUAGAUUAUUGUUUAAAACAGCUAGACAGAGAACAUUUUGUAGAUAUAUACAGUACAGUACUACAUUUACGCAAAUUCAGAAAAAACAUGGUCAGGUCACUGAGUCAGUACCGACUGAUCUAUGACACGCUAGCCAUGUAUGUACAGGUAUGGAACACUGUGAUACCGUCAGCUAAACUGCCUGCUGUUGCUCACAAACUUAUGCUCAAAGAUCCUCAGACGGACCUUAUCGGGUUCGAGAAAGAAUUUCAGUUUCUUCAAGAUAUUGUGCCAAAAAUUCCUAUAGGAGAUUGUGCCAGUGGUCAUAGAGAUGAAAACAGAAAUAAGAGCAGGGACAUUAUGUUACUGCCCCCUGAACGAGCGCGGCCUUACCUACAGACAAUAGAGACUAAUGAGUCAGGAACCGACUUUAUUAAUGCUGUAUUUGUUGAUGGCUAUCAUUCUGACAACAGCUUUAUUGUGACACAGUGGCCUAUGCAGAGUACAAUGAAUGAUAUCUGGAGACUUCUGUUUGAUUUUAAAAUCAAUACUUUCGUAGUGCUUCAUGAAAAUAAAUUUAACAGGAGUACUCAAUGUUUCUGGCCCAAGGUACUAGAUGAGGAGGUGAAAUAUGGACCAAUAGGAGUAAAGUAUCUUGGCUGUCAGAAAUAUCCGCACAUUAUCAUCCGAGCAUUUGCUAUUAGAAAGCUUCCGAACACCCGAUAUAACGAGCUUUUAGAAGACUUGGAUAUGGACCAAGUUUCGAAAGCAUCCAGUCUUCCACUAAUUGAUCUGCUGACACAGAACACAGACUCGGUGGUCGUGAAAAUGUUUCAGUAUACAAGCUGGCAUCAACGAGACAAAAUUCCCACAUCAACCAAGUCUUUCCUCUAUAUGAUGGGCUGUGUGGAUGAGUGGCAGAAAAACACAAACUCACAGAGUCCCAUCUGUGUCAUGUCAAAGGAUGGCUACAGUAAAUGUGGAUUGUAUUGUACAUUGAACAUAUGUUGCGACCAAAUACAUUGCGAGAAAGAAGUAGACAUCUUUAAUGCUGUAAGAGUGGUCAAGAAAAAUAGACCUCAACUUAUACCUACGCAGGCUGAGUAUAUUUAUUGCUACUCUUACAUGUCACUUGUUGUACAUCUGAUGUUGGAGGAAUCUCCCAAAUUAUUGCUAACUUCUCCUACUGUGAUAGAGGGUGAAAUUCAGCAGGGUUAUGAACUCUUGACUGGUUUUGAAAAUAUUCUUUGUCCUCAGCCAUCAGAGGAAGUCAACAAAAAUGGAACCAGUCUAAAAAAUCUGAAUCACACAAGUGCUUUCUCAGCUGGUUUACAAACUGAUUCAAAAGAUUCAUCAUGUGAUGCUUUAAAUACUCAAGGAUUAGAUUCACAAACACUUUUAGGAGGUGAAAAAGUUAAUGAGAGUGGUCACAGAAAAUCCUCAGGAAUUAUGACAGACAAUGCAAAUGGUCAUAUUCAUAAAAAUGGCCGCAUGCAUAUGCAGAAAGAGGAGAAUGUGACAGCUCCGGCUGCACCGGGUCACAUACAUGUAUGGGAUCCGGAAACAAUUGCUCACUUCAACGAACCUGCUUCAGCAGAGCUCAAAAUGCCAAGACGUCAGAGCACCAAAAGACGGCCUUUUUAUCGCCAGAAUGCUCAAGAAAUGAACGAAAUUCGUGCAGUAGACUAUACAAAAUCAUUUGAUAUGGACAUACUAGAGUCCAGUUAUUUGUGAUCUUUACUUUUUUCUCAUGUUUCAUGUUUUCUUUACUCAUAUUUUGUCUUUUUUGAAAAUCAAUAACAUUUUUGUGUUCAGAAUGUGUAUAGAAAUGGUUUUCCCCCAAAGUAUGACUUCUAUGCUAAAUAUUUAUUAUAUUUUGCUCAAGAAGGUUAAGUAGAGGAAAAGGUGUUAAAAUACAGGAUUGUAUACAGUUUUUUUCUUGAAAAAGUAUAUGGAUACUGUUUCAGUUAUAUAAUUCCUUUAACAUUACAGUUUUUGCAAAAAUAAAUUUGUAUCUGAUAAAACAUGAAAUAUUGUUACUAUGACAGUUAAUUUGUAUUUCAUAUUUUUUUUGUGAUUCUAGUUAACCUAACAUUUAUGCUCAGAGAAAAUUAUGCUUGCUUUUUAUGUUGCCAGAAAUGUUCUAUUGGAGAAUAUUUUUCAGUUUGUCUUUAUUCCUUGUAUUAUUCAGUUACAUUUCUUACUGUUUUUUCUUCCAUCUCCAUUCUUUGAUAUCUUAGAUAUUUAGUAUGUUGGUACCUGGCAUUGACUUCUAUGAUUGAUUUGAUUUUCAAGUUACUGAGACUAAAAAUAGAUUUUUUUACUUUUUCCCUGAAUGCAAACAUUACAUGUUAUUAUCAGACCUUCAAGAUCAAGGUCACAUUUAUUAACAGAUAUUUGGUACCUUACUGGUAAUGCUUAAUGCUAAUCUUGCUCUACUUUUCUCAUUGUUAAGAAUUUAUAAAUUUGAUAAUAAUUUUGUCACAGAUAAGGUAAUUUAUAAACUAUUUUAUUCAGCUUUACAAAUGUGAAGGUGAUUUCAUUUGGUUUCUUAUUUACUCAUAGAAAUGAUAUCUUUAUAAAAUGUUCAUAGUAUCAUACAUGUAUUGUUACCUCAAAAUCUUUAUUGAACUUUAAUUUCCAAAAAAGUAUCUUCUGUUCAAAAAUAAAUUUGGUACAAAAUUGAUUGCACAUAAUUAUGAUGUUACACAAGUCUUAGAUUUAUAUUUCACACAAAGGAUGACUUGCUUGAUCAAAAAAAAUUCUUUUAAUUUAUGCUUUUUCUUUAGAAAGAAUGAAAGUUAACAUUUAGAGAUGCUAUUUACAAUACUGAUAAAGAAUUGCUUACUGUUGUAUGCUAAAUUUUUAAAACAUGACCUGCAUAGUUUUUUUCAUUAUUUUACAAAACAAACAGCUCAUAUUUUCAUAAAAGCAUGUUUUUCUUAGAGCCUUUAUGGUGUUUUUUUUACUUGACAGCACUUUGAAUUUCCUUUUACAUUAAUGUUAUUGACUGUAGCCAGAAUAGUUAUGAGGUUUGUAAAAUUAAACCAGAAUUAUUAGUGGAAGUUGACAGUGUGCUAAAAUGUAUGUCACGAAAACGAAUUUAAUGCUUGAUAAUUUGUCUAUCAUUGGUAUGACAUACAAAAGAACUGGUGAUAGUAUGAGUGUCACUCCAUGCCAAACUUACUGCAAUAGAUUUGCAGCUAUUACUGGGCUCAUCAUAAUUAUGCUUAGCAUACUGAUGAGAAUUUCUCAAAACUAAAGAAGUUUCCAAUGGCAUAUAGCCACUGUCACCACUGUGUCAAACAUUUGAUACAUAAUAAUGCAAAAUCUAGUGACAUAUUGUCUUUAUGUCACUUAACUUUCACAUUCCCAUUGUUGUUAACAAUUUAUUGUACAUGCCUCCAGAUGACAUUACUGUGUACAAGUCUUUGAAACUUGAAAUAGAUCACAGCCAAUAUUAUAUCUUCUAUAUAUUGGUGUUUGCACAUGUACGGUGCGGUCUGACCAGACAUUGGUGGUGGCACCUACUCCCUCUGACCACACAAUAGUGGCACCUGUACAGUCUGACCAGACAUUGGUGUAUGCACCUGUACAGUCUGACCAGACAUUGGUGUAUGCACCUGUACAGUCUGACCAGACAUUGGUGUAUGCACCUGUACAGUCUGACCAGACAUUGGUGUAUGCACCUGUACAGUCUGACCACACAAUGGUGUAUGCACCUGUACAGUCUGACCACACAAUGGUGUAUGCACCUGUACAGUCUGACCAGACAUUGGUGUAUGCACCUGUACAGUCUGACCAGACAUUGGUGUAUGCACCUGUACAGUCUGACCAGACAUUGGUGUAUGCACCUGUACAGUCUGACCACACAAUGGUGUAUGCACCUGUACAGUCUGACCACACAAUAGUGUGGCACCUGUACAGUCUGACCAGACAUUGGUGUAUGCACCUGUACAGUCUGACCAGACAUUGGUGUAUGCACCUGUACAGUCUGACCAGACAUUGGUGUAUGCACUUGUACAGAUUGUUGACACCUGCUUGGUCUGACCAUAUAUAGAUGUUGUCACCUGCUCAGUCUGACCAAACAUUGGUGUUGGCCCCGCAUAGUCUGACCACAUAUUGGUGUUGGCACCUGCACAGUCUGACCACACAAUGGUGUUGGCACCUGCUCAGACUGACCACAUAUUGGUGUUGGUCAUGCACAGACUGACCACAUACAAUAUGAAAGCAAAACAACUGUUAUUUGAAAGUCAGUUGAUUGGCAUUUGGAGGCAUGUAACAUUAAAUUAAUGUAUGUACAUAAAUGAUAACUUGUUACUUUCUUUAAAUCAUUUUUCACUUUUUAAUGUUUUUUCAAGUUCACGUGUUUGUCUUUAAGAUUUUCCUGUACUUUUUUGUAAGUGAAUGAGUAUUAGAAUUCUGCUCACUCUUUGUAAUAAGCAUGUCUCUGGUCACAGGACUGACAUCAGCUAUUUUGUUAUAAAAUACAAAUAUAUCACGAUACAUAAUAUUAUAACAAUACAUCUUAUACAUUAGAUAACUUUUACAGGAACAGAAAAGAGGGUGUUUCUUGUUUAAUGAUUUGAUUCAUAGGCAUCAAAAAAGCCCAUGUAGGAAGAUCAAAUCAUGUCUUAUGAUUAACCUUUAAGUGAUUUGUUUUGUCACUAGUAAAGAACAAGUCCAGCUUGAACAUCCAAGCAAGCUCUGUAUUGCAGGUAGCUUAAUUUUUGUACUGAAAUCCUUGAAACUUUGAAUCAACUGUUCCAGCAAGGCAAGUCUAUUACAAAUCUUCAGCUGGUUAUUUAAAUGAAGCAUACAGCCAAAAGUUUGUAUAGAAUAAGGAAUUGAUAAUUGUGUCAAUUGUCUCUCAUAAACACAGUUUUACAUAAGUUUGUGGUCAUCAUGUUCAAAUUUGUAAAUUCUUAUAAAGGAAAGUUAUAGUUACCAUUGAGUCUUUUUAUUGGUUGCCUAUAUUUCCAAAAAUACCCUCAAGUCUUUUGAAUUAUUCAAAGAAUAAGUCUUGAAAGAUUUCUGUUUGAUAUAUGCACGACUUUAUUUUUUAGGUAUAUAUUUUUCUGUCAAGUUUUUCUAACACAGUUUCUACAAGAAAUUAUUGAAUGUCUACAACAUUUAUAUAUACAUUUGCAUGUUUUUUGAUUCUGUCGAAGAAAUUGAUGUCAAUUAUUGUUGAUAUGAGUGACUCAUUUUACCUUGUGGAAAAUUAGCUAUUUCAGUGUAAAGAAUAUCUUAUAUGCUGUUCAAAAUUCUUGUAAAGGGGAGGGUAUUUAUUACGUUUCCUGUAAAAGUUCUGCAGUACAUAAUGUUAUAUCUUUAGGGAAAAAUUUCAAUAAAAAUGUACAUUCAUAAAUGUUUUUCGGAUUAUUUUCUAAUGAUAAAUUGAGAUAUAAAUGUUAAGACAAAAAAGUUGUUUUUCUCUGAUGGUAUCCUGUGAUCAUAGCUUUAAACUAACUGUUAACUAUAAAUAUUUGUACCUGUCUGUUUUAUUGUUGCAGAUUUUUGUAUUUUUAUACAUUUAACAGUCAGUAUUCUACCUAACAAACGUUUGUUGAAUAUUUUCACAGUUUUCAAAUCAUACCUUUUUUUAUAAUCAGAUAAUUUGUUAACCAUAAUGCACCUAACAGUGUAAUAUAAUUUGAAAA